UCUGCAUUGGUUAUUAUUAUCAUCUGACGGACAUAACGGUAGGCCACCCUACGCAUAGCUGGAAACUGGAAAACCAUUCGCUGUGUCUGUUCGCCACACACAGACACCCGUUCCGAAACGUUACCGUUACAAAGGCCUACUAUCACGAGUGGUGACUACUUUUUCCGUCGACGUUGAUGUCGCUACUUCCUCGGUAGAGAGUCGUUAUUUUUCUUUUAUUGAAUCGAGAGUUUAUCGGAAGACAAGAUGGCAGAGAUGGGGAUGGGGAAGGGGGUUACUGCGGGGAAACUUGCCAGUAACGUGCAGAAAAAAUUAACACGGGCCCAAGAGAAGGUAAUGCAGAAGUUGGGUAAAGCAGAUGAGACCAGAGAUGUUGCAUUUGAGGAAGGAGUGAUCAACUUCAACAAACAAUAUACAGAGGGAUCCAAACUGCAAAAAGACCUUAGAGCCUACCUGGCUGCAGUACAAACGAUGCACGAAUCCUCCAAGAACCUUCAGGAGUGUCUGUCUGACAUGUACGAGCCGGAGUGGUACGGCAAAGAUGACUUGGACUCCAUCGUUGAGGACACUGAUGUUCUGUGGACCGACUUCCAUCAGAAGCUGGUGGAUAAUGCUUUGAUAUCUAUGGACACGUAUCUUGGACAGUUCCCUGAUAUUAAGUCUCGUAUUGCAAAGCGUGACAGGAAGCUUGUGGACUACGACAGCGCCAGACACAACCACUCUUCUACCAAUAAGGGGAAGAAAGGAAAGGACGGGGGCAUCAAGAUCACCAAGCCAGCAUCUCUGUUGGAAAGGGCCACACCAGUUUGGGCUCAGGGCAUCCUGUCAGCCCACAACAUUGCUCAGAGUAACCUCUCCAGGAACCAGGCGGAGGACGAGUUGGAGAGAGCUCAGAAGGUGUUCGAGGAGAUUAAUGAAGAUCUGCAGGAGGAACUGCCCUCACUAUGGAACAGUCGAGUUGGCUUCUACAUUAGCACCUUCCAGAGUAUGUCUGGCUUUGAGGAGAAGUUCCACAAGGAGAUGGGGAAGCUCGACCAGAAUCUCUACGAUAUUCUUGUCAAACUGGAGAAACAGGACAUGUCUGGUGAGCUCCCCAGAGGAGCAGAUCCAGCCAAUCACACUCUGAGUCCAGGCGGACCGCCACCCAUCCCUAAGUCCCCCUCUAAGCUGAGACCAGCGAUGCCGCCGCGGCCUGAAUCCAGCCCCUGUCGGGACAUGAAACCAGAAAACAUCAUUAACCUGUUUGAUGCUGCUGCUGCUCCUAACAUCAGUGUUACGUCCCCAACACAGUUUGACAGCCCUGCAGGGGCCAACCUGUUGGACAUGGACCUGUCCAUCCUGGCUGCACCAAGUCAUGGUGGCACAGCCGUGUCCUCAGCCUCUCAGGCGGUAUCAUGGGACACAUGGGAGCCUGAGGAAACUCCUGCUCCACCAGAGGAGCCCCAGGGCUGGGAUGAUGACGGUACCCUGCCGGUGCGUGCUGCCGGCUGGGAUGAUGACGGUACCCUGCCGGUGCGUGCUGCCGGCUGGGGGGAUGACGGUACUCUGCCGGUGCGUGCUGCUGGCUGUGGGGAUGACGGUAUAGCUGCCACCACAGCAGGCUGGGAUGACGAUGGCUCUCUGCCUGUGAGGGUGGAUGACUCCUGGGGGGAUGAUGGUGUUGCUGAUGCCACUGCUUCCGCUGCCGUGGCCGAGUCUGAGGCUGCUGGCUGGGAUGAUGAUGAGGAGGGGGUGCCCCAGGCUGACACACUUACGACUCCUGCAGCCCCUACAGCUGCAGCCCCUACACCUGCAGCCGUAGCACCAGAAGAGACCCCUGUUGUGGCAGCAGCAGCAACCAAUGGGGAUUCAGAGGCGGUAGAAAUGCCCCCAGGAUUCCUCUUCAAAGUGACCACCAUGCAUGACUAUGCCGCUAAUGACUCGGAUGAGCUGGAGAUGAAGGCUGGAGACAUUGUGCUAGUUGUGGCCUUCGACAACCCAGAAGAACAGGACGAGGGCUGGCUGAUGGGGAUGAAGCAGGAAGACUGGAUCCAGAAUAAACAGAGCUCACUCAAAGGGGUGUUCCCCGAGAACUUCACCUCCAGGCUGUGAGAGAGGAGACGCCAUAUUUAUUCUCCUCUGACUUCUCUCUCGUCCACAAGAUCCUUUAUUCUCUUUCCUCCUUUGCUCUCCUCUCCUCUCCUCUCCUCUCCUCUCCUCUCCUCUUCUCUUCUCCUCUCUCUCCACCAGAUUAUUAUUUUCUGUCUCUCUCUGACCCAAUUCCCUGUGCCAUCCUCCCUUCCCUUUCCUAACCUCUGGGUUUGUGCCAGCGUGAUACUGUAGGUAUCGGCAUGAGAAACAGCACUGCAUCGUCAGCUGUCUCUUCUGUAUCCAUGUCUAGCAUGGUGUACAUGCUGGUUAGAAGUAUUUUUGGGGGGGAGGGGCUACUGAGGCUAUAGGGUCAGAUUGUGGCAUAUCAGUUGACUUGCACUUGUUUUAAAUCGCCAUAAAACAGAAAUAUGUUUCAGUAUACGUACAUACUUUCAAGAGGUGUUUUACAAAGGAGUUUAUCUAGUGUUCUUUAUCAUCUUUUUCCAACACAAUCAGACAGAAAAGACAUUGAAGAUGACCCUGAGGGCUUUACAGAGGGCGUAACCUCUCAGAGAAACUCCUCUAGUCGCUGAGGCGUCACACCAUAAUAGCAGCCCUAAGAGACCUUAGACCUUUUUUGAUAUGACUCGUUGGCUUUCUCCUCAACCCCUUCACCUACUAAAGUAUGUUUGUGUCAAGGUUACCAGGUGUUGUGAUGAUUCCGGGUUGCCAGGUGUUGUGAUGAUUCCGGGUUGCCAGGUGUUGUGAUGAUUCCGGGUAACCAAGGUGUUGUGAUGAUUCCGGGUUACCAGGUGGUGUGAUGAUUCCGGGUUGCCAGGUGUUGUGAUGAAUCCGGGUUGCCAGGUGUUGUGAUGAUUCCGGGUAACCAAGGUGUUGUGAUGGUUCCGGGUAACCAAGGUGUUGUGAUGAUUCCGGGUUACCAGGUGUUGUGAUGAUACCGGGUUGCCAGGUGUUGUGAUGAUUCCGGGUUGCCAGGUGUUGUGAUGAUUCCGGGUAACCAAGGUGUUGUGAUGAUUCCGGGUUACCAGGUGGUGUGAUGAUACCGGGUUGCCAGGUGUUGUGAUGAUUCCGGGUUGCCAGGUGUUGUGAUGAUUCCGGGUAACCAAGGUGUUGUGAUGAUUCCGGGUUGCCAGGUGUUGUGAUGAUUCCGGGUUGCCAGGUUUUGUGAUGAUUCAUUCCUGAAGAGACUAACUAACCCUCGCCCUGUUCUAUACUGUGUGUAAUUGUCACCUGAACUUAACUCUACAUUCCUGCAUCAUUUAACCCUUAAAAUAUUAAGGAAGCAGACUAUCUGUGUAAGGACACUAAAUAUGGUUGUGUUUUGGUUCCUGAAGGUGUAACAAUAUAGAUCUAAGUCCAUGUACACUGAGAGCGAUAUGCAGUUUAUUUUGAGAAAUGUGUUAUGUUUUUUUUUCUCUUGAUGUUAAGUAACUCUGAUCCUUCUGUGGUUGGUGAGACUGGUAGUUUUAUGGUCCAGAUUAUUCAUCCUUCAGAAUAAAAAACGAUUCAUUUUUUGUAUGCAGUCGGAGCAAUGAUCAUGGAGGAUAGGGAAACUGUCAACUGGGAAAUUUUAAUAAUAUCAUAGAGAUAUUGUUGUAUUCUCCGUAUGCCCCAGUGCAGUGUGACCUCUGUCAUCUAGGUUGCUAUUCCAAACUGACAUGACCUGCUGAAAUGAUGCCGUAACUUGGUAGUGUAUGUGGGAGUGUUUGUGUACGUGCGUGAGUGCGUGCGUGCGUGAAUCUGCGAAUGUGUGUGUGUGUGUCCUUUUCACACAGAGAACUUUUGUCCCUCCUUUCGGCUGUACCUCUCAAUUUAUUUAUGCGCUAUUGUCAUUGCUUUCACUUCCUCCCGUGUGGUGAUUGGAUAAGACAAUUUUACAGGAGCCAUUCUGAUUUGAUUAAGGACUCACGAGAGACCAAUUCUACUCAGUCAUAUUUAAAGACUUUCUGUUUUUUUUUUUUUGCUGCUGGUGUUAUUAUCAUUGUGUAUUUAUCGUGUACAUUUCGUGUAUUUUAACAAGCCGUGACAAACAUAUUAAUCAUAUCUGUGUAUGUGAGUAAAUGUGUCAAGGAGCAUGCCAAAUGAAUUCCACGUGUCGUGUAUUAUAGGAGCGAUCCUCUUUGUAGGAACUCGUUUAAAAAGGGCAAGAACUUGUUUCCUUCUGAUUACUAUUGGAGACCGAUAGUAAUAAACAGAUAUUUAGAAGCUCAA